UUUGCUCUGUUCUCCUCCAUACUAUUCACAAUAGAGGUCCACUCAGAACGUCCCCACAUUAGCUGGUGUGCAUCCAUUAAGGUCAUCAAUGUCACUGAGUACUCUAUAUCUGUUGCACUACAGAACUUCCUUCUGGAUAUUUAUUCAUGAUGGCAUGACAUUCAGAUUUCAGCAAAGCUGUGCCCAGUAUUUCCGUAAUCCCUGUAUAGAGAAGUCGCAUGUACAGAUUUUCAACGCACCAAUCUCCACAUAAACUGCCCCAAAGCACACUGUCAAUAAAUAUACACCCAACACUAAUUCACUUCUGAGUUAUGAAAUAAAAUUUAAAAGUUUGUUACAUAUAAACCGUUUGCAAACCAAGACGUCAACAAUGCCUUAAUUUUUUACAUUCCAUUGUGUUAGCAUGGCAUUUCAUGUUACAGGCAUGUUGCAAAUGAUAACGUAUCACAACGUGAAGCGAUGUCACUGUGUAAUUUUCCCUUAAGGAAAGAACACCGCCGUUUCUUUGCUGAACGGGUAUUCGAAUGUUCCGCGAAAACAAUGUAUAAACGUUGUCCGACGUCAUACCCGUCAUACCUUUAAUUCCAUUCUUCUUUGGAUUGCUCAGAGAUUGCUAUUUGAAAUUUUGGUAUUUGGUGUGAUGGCCAUGUUAUGUUGUUCGUAUAUUACUAAGCUGUAUAAAAGCGGUAUUUUGAAGCAAAGGAGCAGAGUAAUUUUCCUUUAUCGUAAUGUAAUACCUGAUAUCUAAAUCAUUUAACGUUAUGGCUGCAGAAAAAAUUUCAUCAGGAAGUCUCACUGUAAGGUGAUUGUGAUCUUGUCCAUCUUGCAUAUUAUGAUGACUAAGCAAUAUUUGUGCUGCGGUGUUGAAGAACCGCUAGAAAUAUACGCAGAAGGUAUGUGAGAAUUUAACAAUGCCUCCUGAAGGUAAAAAAGGCGACAGAAAAGCUAGCCAUGGAAGUCAGGCACCAUUAUCCCCUGGACCUGUACUUGAUAUCAGUGAUGAUGAGCUGGUUACAAUCUCUGUUCGAGAUCUCAACCGUCAGCUGAAAAUGAGAGGAUUGACUCGGGAUGAAAUAGUUCGCAUGAAACAGCGAAGACGUACACUUAAAAAUAGGGGAUAUGCAGCAAGCUGUCGUAUAAAGCGAAUCGAACAGAAGGAUGAACUGGAGACGGAGAAGUCACAAGAGUAUCGGGACAUGGAAGCCAUGCAGGACGAUAACAACAGGAUGAAAGACGAAGUUGAAGCACUGUAUGCCAAAUAUGAAGCCCUGAAAAAAUUUGCAGCUCUAAAGAAGAUACCAAUACCACCAGAAUUGGAGUCAAUAAAUUAAACUUUCUACUUGAACUAAGAAUUAUAUUUUUUCCAAGUAUUGCAUAGCAGUAGAAUGAUCCAUAUUAUUAAAUAGGAAUGGAAAUGCCUGAAGGCAGGAGAUAUUGCCUGUGAACAAGAGCAGCAUGUUAUGUUCUUGACCCCACAACAAAACAUGGGCCUUGGCUUCCUCUAAAUGCAGAAGUUUUCCAAAUUUUGGUAGGACUUCUCUGAUGCAGAAUGGUUCAUUGUUAUGCCUUCAGCUUCACAAAGCAGUAUGGAUGAACAUUCCUGGCCUAAGUGAGAUUUGAACCCAUGACCUCAGUAUUUAUACCAAUGAAAACUGCACAUCUUAGACCACACUGUCUCAGAGAUCAGCAUACAUGUUGUAUAGCAUAAAAAGAUUUCUGUUUCCUGGUAAGUUGGGAAUGGUAUCAAAAGUUAGGAUUUUUUAAAGAAACAGUUUCUGUAAACAGCUGAAGUAAGUAAAGGCAUCCAAGCCCAGUGUCACCUGAGACUGCUGCUUUUAGUUCUACUACUACUAGUAGUAGUAAUACAUUGUAUUAGAGGCUUUUCACAGUAUACACAGACAAACGGCCAUGCCAUAACCCAGGCAGUUAGUAGCCAGUUUCUGGCUGUGGCAGCCAGGGUUCAGUCCCAGGUCAUGUCAAAGAAGGCACUGGGGUAGGCUUUUUUUCCUUCGGUUUUGCCUGCCAAUUCUUAUUCCACCAGCUGCUCCAUAGUCAUUAAUUAGUGUCAGUAGUCUCAAUAACAAAUUAAAAAAAAAAAA